AUGAAGGAAGGAGGCUGGGGCAGCCAGUCGUCGGACGCGGAGUCCGCGACGGAGGCCAGGCCGCCCAAGGACCCUGCCGGAGACCAGAGGUGGCCAGAGGCGCCAAGGGCGGCCCCCGCUCCCAAGCCGAGCGCGCCUGCGCCUGAACCGAGCACGCCGGCGGAACCGGAGCCGCAGGCACCGCCCUGCCCUAAGCCAAGGGCAGCGGCCGCACCCGAGCAGCCGACGCCAUCCGAGCCCACACCGAGCACUUCAAGGGCGGGGCAAGUGGCCACAGCGGAAGUGGUCGUGGCGACGGCGGCACCAAUGUGGCAGCCAUUGGGGACCCCAAGCGCCUCUGCUGAGAGGGCUCGCAAGGGACCCAGCGCCUGGCCGUCAUCCAGCCAGGCUCCAGAGCCCCUCCCGAACGUGCUUGGAAGCGCUCGGGAGGUGAUCGAGCGGCUGGAGGCGGCCAUGGCGGUGGAGCGAGGAGAGCUCGAAAGGGACCACAUCGCCCUCGUCGAAGAGAGGGGCGGCUAG